AAAGCCCUGCAGUGACUGGGAGGGGAACAGGAGGAGGGACGGAGGGAUGGGGAAGGCUGCACAAAGGAAUUCCUCACCCCAAGCCCGCUGACCGCCAGCGAGUAAAGAAGCAGAUCUGCUCUCCCUCCCCCUUCCUCCAUCCCAUCUUCUCACCCAACUGGGCACAGGCCAUAGAGCAGCUGCAGGCCUUCGGAGAGGACCAGCACAGCCUCCUAUAGGUGGCAACAGUGCCACCUGUUUGACGGGUGGGGUUGGGCCAAGAACUGGAAGAGGGAGGAGGCAGACAACUCGGAGAGGAGCUGGGAAGCAAGAGCAGAGCUGCCGCUGAAAACAGGCCCUCACCAUGGCAGAGUCCCCCGGCUGCUGCUCCGUCUGGGCCCAGUGCCUCCACUUCCUGUAUAGCUGCCACUGGAGGAAAUCCCCCAAAGAGAGGAUGCAAACCAGCAAGUGCGACUGUAUCUGGUUUGGCCUGCUCUUCCUCACCUUCCUCCUCUCCCUGGGCUGGCUGUACAUCGGGCUCAUCCUUCUCAAUGACCUGCACAACUUCAAUGAAUUCCUAUUCCACCGCUGGGGACACUGGAUGGACUGGUCCCUGGCAUUCCUGCUGGUCAUCUCUCUACUGGUCACAUAUGCAUCCCUGCUAUUGCUCCUGGCCCUGCUCCUGCAACUCUGUAGACAGCCUCUGCAUCUGCACAGUCUCCACAAGGUGCUGCUGCUGCUUAUCAUGCUUCUUGUGGCCGCUGGCCUUAUGGGACUGGACAUCCAAUGGAAGCAGGAGUGGCGUAGCUUACAUCUGUCACUGCAGGCCACAGCCCCAUUCCUUCAUAUCGGAGCAGUGGCUGGAAUCACCCUCCUGGCCUGGUCUGUGGCUGAUACCUUCUACCGUAUCCAUAGAAGAGGUCCCAAGAUUCUGCUACUGCUCCUAUUUUUUGGAGUUGCCCUGGCCAUCUACCUGGCCCCUCUAUGCAUCUCCUCACCCUGCAUCAUGGAACCCAGAGACUUACCCCCCAAGCCUCGGCUGGUGGGACACCGAGGGGCCCCCAUGCUGGCCCCCGAGAACACCCUGAUGUCCUUGCGGAAGACAGCUGAAUGUGGAGCUGCUGUGUUUGAGACAGAUGUGAUGGUCAGCUGUGACGGGGUCCCCUUCCUCAUGCAUGAUGAGCACCUGAGCAGGACCACAGAUGUGGCCUCUGUGUUCCCAGCCCGAAUCACAGCCCAUAGCAGCGACUUCUCCUGGGCUGAACUGAAGAGACUCAAUGCUGGGGCCUGGUUCCUAGAGAGGCAACCCUUCUGGGGGGCCAAGAGACUCUCAGGCCCUGAUUGGAAAGAGGCUGAGAAUCAGAGAGUACCAGCAUUAGAAGAGUUAUUGAAGGAAGCUGCAGUCCUCAACCUCUCCAUCAUGUUUGACUUGCGCCGCCCCCCACGAAACCACACAUACCAUGACACUUUUGUGAACCAGACACUGGAGACUGUGCUGAGGGCAAGGGUUCCCCAGGCCAUGGUCCUUUGGCUACCAGAUGAAGAUCGGGCUUAUGUCCAACAACGGGCUCCCAGAAUGCGCCAAAUAUAUGGAGAGCAGGGAGGCAACAGAACUGAGAGGCCCCAGUUUCUCAACCUCCCCUAUCAAAACCUGCCACUGUUGGAUAUCAAGGCAUUGCACCAGGAUAACGUCUCGGUGAACCUAUUUGUAGUGAACAAGCCAUGGCUCUUCUCCCUACUCUGGUGUGCAGGGGUAGAUUCGGUCACCACCAACGACUGCCAGCUGCUGCAGCAGAUGCAAUACCCCAUCUGGCUUAUUCCCCCUCAAACCUACCUAAUGAUGUGGACCAUCACCAAUUGUGUCUCCACCCUGCUGCUUUUGUGGACCUUCCUUCUUCAAGGGAGAUGUGCUAAGAAGAGAGAGAGAACUGGCUUGGAAACAGCAGUGCUGCUGACCAGGAUCAACGAUUUCAUAAUGGAGUGAAUGCCCUGCCCUGGCCCCUCACCAACUGGAGCCUGAGGCCUGUCUGCAUUGCCCAACAAGAAGGAAGGGAGAAUGGUAGAAUGUCUCAGGGGUAGGCAGUUGGUGGGGAGAACUUUGGAAACAGGAGGUUUGGAACCACGAAGGGGCCCUGUGCCCAGAUGGUGGGCAAACCCCAAGCUGCCAUAUCUACUCCCUUUGAGGUUUUGACCUGAGGUGGUUGGGAAGACAGUGAGUCAUGAGAAGUUUCUCCCAAAAUGAAACUAGAACAGAGGAUGUGAAAGGGAGACUGC